UUUUUUUUUUUGCUAUAAUGGCGACGACGGCCGAGUGCAGGGAAGGGACUCCGUGAAAGCUUGAAGCCUCCCGCUCGGACAUGUCUGGCCGUCCUGCCCGGGUUCAUUCGCCGCCGACCAAGUGCACGGGCCGCGGGUGAUUCUGCGGCCUUUGAACGCCUCGUCCCCUCGCACGGCGGAUUUCCAUGUCUUUCUUGUGAACACCUUAAAGCAGAUCAUCUGGACUACAUAUUGUCCAUCGCUGAUCACCUGUGGCUGGUGCAGGCCAGGCUUCCCAGUUGGGUGACCCACACUCCUUCACAGGGCCAUGGAGGAAGAGGUGCAGAAGAGCUUAGAGUGUAUCCAGGCCAAUCAGAUUUUCCCCAAGAAAUCCCCUGUCCUGGAGGAGGACAACAUGCAGGUGCCCUUUCCUGAGCUGCAUGGGGAGUUUACGGAGUAUGUGGGGAGAGCAGAGGAUGCCAUCAUUGCAAUCUCCAAUUACCGCCUACACAUCAAGUUCAAAGAGUCUGUUGUCAACCUAGUUAAAACGGAAGCUAGCUAUGUUGCCAAAUCAUGGCGGCGUUCUACGGUAGAUCCUCUUUCGCCAAUUCAGAGUUGUUGUUGUGAGGUUUCAGUUCCUAUGCAGCUCAUUGAGAGUGUUGAGUGUCGUGAUAUGUUCCAGCUACACGUCACCUGUAAGGACUGCAAAGUUGUGCGGUGUCAGUUCUCCACCUUUGAGCAAUGUCAGGAGUGGUUGAAGCGCCUCAAUGCAGUUGUGCGCCCUCCCUCUCGCUUGGAGGAUCUCUUCUCCUUUGCCUUCCAUGCCUGGUGCAUGGAUGUGUACGCUGGUGAGAAGGAGCAGCAUGGCGAGCUUUGUAGACCAGGGGAACACGUGACCUCUUGGUUCAAGAAUGAGGUGGAGAGAAUGGGCUUUGACACUCAAAAUGCCUGGAGGAUAUCCGACAUCAACUGCAAGUUUAGGCUUUGCCCCAGCUAUCCCCAGCAGCUUCUGGUACCAGCCUGGAUAACUGACAAGGAGUUGGAAAAUGUGGCAGCCUUCCGCUCCUGGAAGAGGUUUCCUGCAGUAGUUUAUAGGCACCUGAACACAGGGGCCGUGAUCGCCCGCUGCGGCCAGCCAGAGGUCAGUUGGUGGGGUUGGCGGAAUGCUGAUGAUGAGCACCUUGUGCAGUCCAUUGCUAAGGCCUGUGCUGUGGAUAGCACCUCUCUCAAACACCUGUCUAACGGAACCUACACCAAUGGCUCCGACCUGCCGGAUACUGAUUUCGAGUCAUCGAUUACCAACAGCUCAGAGGUGGAGACGUUGGCCAUCCAACCUCAAAAGUUACUGAUACUGGAUGCCAGGUCUUAUGCAGCUGCUGUAGCCAACCGGGCAAAGGGGGGAGGCUGCGAAUGUCCUGAAUACUAUCCCAACUGUGAGGUGGUUUUCAUGGGUAUGGCCAACAUCCAUUCCAUCCGCAAGAGUUUCCAGUCCAUGCGUUUUCUCUGCACGCAGAUGCCUGAUCCAGCCAACUGGCUGUCUGCUCUGGAGAGCACCAAGUGGCUGCAGCAUUUGUCCUUGCUACUGAAGGCGGCCCUGCUGGUGGUCAAUGCUGUGGACAGGGACCACAGGCCCGUUUUGGUGCAUUGCUCCGACGGGUGGGACCGCACUCCUCAAAUUGUUGCUUUGUCGAAGCUACUGCUGGACCCGUACUACCGCACUAUAGAGGGCUUCCAAGUUUUAGUCGAGACAGACUGGUUGGAUUUUGGUCACAAGUUUGCAGAUCGCUGCGGGCAUGGAGAAAACUCUGAGGACGUUAACGAGCGCUGUCCAGUCUUCCUACAGUGGCUGGACUGUGUUCACCAGCUGCAGAGACAGUUUCCAUGCUCCUUUGAAUUUAACGAGGCUUUCCUGGUGAAGCUGGUGCAACACACCUACUCCUGUCUGUUCGGCACUUUCCUAUGUAACAGUGGGAAAGAGAGGGAGGACUGCCACGUUCAAGAAAGGACAUGCUCGGUCUGGUCCCUGUUGAGGCCAGCCAACCGUUCCCUGAGGAACAUGCUGUAUUCCUCACACUCUGAGACUGUUCUCCACCCAGUGUGUCAUGUGCGCAACCUGAUGUUAUGGACCGCCGUCUACCUGCCCAGCUCCUCUCCCACCACCCCUUCAGAUGACUCCUGCGCACCAUACCCUGUGCCCGGCAGCAAUCCGGAAGAAGCGCCCCUGGGCAGAUGUACUAAAACCCGCUCAUUCGAUAACUUGCCCAGUGCUUGUGAGCUGGGAAGCUUGCUGGCCCCAAACCGCCGCUCUAGUGAUCCAAGUCUCAAUGAGAAGUGGCAGGACCACCGGCGCUCUCUGGACCUCAAUAUGGCAGUCGGGCCGGAGGGAGGGGAGGACCAGGAUCAGGAAGUACAGUGUAAUGGAUUGAGCCUUUACCCGAAUGGAGAGGACUCUGAGCUGGAUGACAGCCCACAGCCCCGCAACUCACACGCUGACAUGGCAGAGGGAGCCUGCACGGACUCACCAUCAACCAGAGAAGAGGCAGAGCUGUCUGUGGCAGUAGGUGUGGCUGAGGGCCAGAUGGAGAACAUUCUUCAAGAAGCCACCAAGGAGGAGGCGGGAGCAGAUGCACAGAGAGUUUUAACUGCUCUUAGUGCGCCCUUCAAUAACACAGCAGCCAUGGAGGAGGAGAUGCACCCAAGAACUGCUGAGGAUGAUCAAUGUGCUGAAAUCAACACAACUGACGUACAAAAUGGGCAUGCUAAUGGUUUCCAUCCACAAAAUGGGUUUGUGGAAGCUGAGGAGAACAGUGACUCUCCAGCUGUGCCUGCACAGAUAGUAGAAGAGUUACAAAAUCAGAAAGAGGAAGCAGCUCAAACACUUGAGCAUAUAAAGAAUCAAUCUCUGGACAAUUGUUCUGAACUACAUUACCACGCUAAUGAACAUUUUCAGCCCAGUUCAGACGAGCCAGAGCCGCUUAAAGCUCAUAGAACUCAGAUGGCGAAUGGCCACAGCAGAUCACCUGAGGAGCCUGGUGCAGAUGAGGAGACCAGCUCUGGUUGUGACCUUGACAGAGGUAUGUUAGAGUCCGGGGAACAGGCAGAGAAGAGGGCCUCCCUGAUGGAAAGCUCCACAGAGACUUUGACAGAGGAGAUCUGCAGCAGGUUUGAGCCCCCUGCACCCCCGCCUGUCUGUCCAACCCACCAGGCCUUCAGCAAAGGCCAACAACCUUCGUCUAAGAAAGAGAAAGUGCUGGAGACAGGCGAACACAGCUUUACCAGAACUUUAAACGGGGGCAGCAAGCGACCGCCUGUCAGUGCCUUUCAUUAUGCAAGUGCUGACCUCACUCGGGACGGCCUUUGUAACAGUGACAGUUCUGAUGGGGAACCUUGCGGAGGACCUCAUUGGGUCAAAGGUGAGCGGGCCCCAGUGAGCCGACAGGUGUCCUUGGCAAGGUGCCACUCCCUGAUCCUGCACCACCGGGGCAGCUGUUCACAACACCGCUGGUGCCACGCUCAGCUGGGCCGGGCUGUUGUCAGUCCAGAGCCGCCGUCACGCAGCCACCUGGAUGACGAUGGACUGAUGCUGCACACCGAUGCCAUCCAACAGAGGUUGAGGCAAAUAGAGGCGGGCCACCAGAUGGAAGUGGAGACGCUGAAGAAGCAGGUACAGGAACUAUGGAGUCGUCUGGAAAAUCAGCAGCAAGUCGGUUUCCAUCGCGUCAACGGAGACGCAGGAGAUGAAGUGACAUCAAUGACAGACUCAGAAUACAAUGCGGACCCCAACUGUCUGUCUCGCUGCAGCACAGAGCUCUUCUCAGAAGCAAGCUGGGAGCAGGUGGACAAGCAGGACACUGAGGUCACUCGCUGGUACCCCGAUCAUCUGGCAGCCCAGUGUUAUGGCUGUGAGAGCAGGUUCUGGCUUGCCUCCAGGAAGCAUCACUGCAGUGGCAGGGAGCCUAUCCAGGAGGUCUGGAAUUGCGGUAACGUCUUCUGCGCCAACUGUUGCGACCAGAAGUUGCCGGUGCCAAGCCAGCAGUUGUUCGAGCCCAGCCGCGUGUGCAAGACGUGCUACGGCAGCCUCCUGCUCAGCGUCCCCCCGCUGGAGAAACCCAUCACGGCCAGCUCCAACUGAGCCUCGGAGAGAGGAGGCGGACGCCCGCAGGAAGGAAGUCGCAGCUGACACACGGCUGAAGAAUGCCACCGAAUGUCCCGUGGACUGGCGUGUUUGUGUGUGUGUGUGUGUGUGUGUGUGUGUGAGUGCGCUGCAAAAGUGGACGACGUGUCCCACCAGCGGCAUGUUAGCUUUGCACAGUGGGAUGGCGUAGGAGGAAGUCCCUGCUUGGCCACACGGAUGGCAUGAUGGGCGCUCACAGCCGGGCACUAAAAGGAGCGAGAAUGGACUUCCUGGUGCUUGGGACCAGGAGGCAGAAGGUCGUCUCACCGGUCUCCUCCGGAGGAGGUCAGUCCACUUUUAUCCCAAUUCUGUCUUCUUUUCAGACUUUCAUGUCCAACAUUGGACUUUAAUCUUUAUCAAAAUGGAGAGUUUGGCUGUCAAUCUGUGUGUUGCACAAUCAAAUCAAGACAAAUUUCUAUUCAACACAUUCCUGCUCAUUGCACACAAAUAGAAAGUUGAACAUAAUUCUACUUUUCGAGUCCUCGUGAGACGUCCUCGCUGCCUGCUCCUCGUUCAAUGACCUCCGUUCACACACGCUGGUGGUUUUGUAAAAUAAAGGAAUAAAAUAAUAUAUUCAGAUAUGUCUUAUAGCAUUUAAGUACAAAAUGUAUAGAAACUGAGAAUAGUGGCUCACUAAAUUAGUCACCAAAAAGUUUGUUUUUUAACUUUCUUUUUUUUUUUUGUUGGUCUGAUGUUGAUUGCAGAAUUGAUCUUUAUAAAUAUAUAUACUUAUAAUUUGCAUCCUGUUGAGGACACAGGUGUGUGUGUGUGUGUUUUGUAAAUUACAGCAGCACUUGUUGUCCUGCUGGGACGCGCUAGUCUUUUAUUGCCCAACACCUUUUCAAAUGCAAAUAUUUAUUUUAUUAAGCGGGAGUUUGUUGAAUUUUGGAUUUGGACAAUUCAACUGCCACGUGAUAAUCAGUGUUUCUCACUUGCUUAGGAGCAACAAGCCUAUGCACACACACACACACACACACACACACACACAGAAAAAACAAGUGGUCUGAAACUAGCAUCCAAACUUAAAGCCCCACCCUCCCUUCACCUUUAAACACUACCUCUACUCUACAGACACACACAUAGUGUCGACAGACACACACAUUGUGUCGACAGACACACACAUUGUGUCGACAGACACACACAUUGUGUCGACAGACACACACAUUGGGUCUACUUCUACAGACACACACAUUGUGUCGACAGACACACACAUUGGGUCUACUUCUACAGAAACACACAUUGGUUCCACAGACACACACAUUGUGUCGACAGACGCACACAUUGGGUCUACUUCUACAGACACACACAUUGGUUCUACAGACACACACAUUGUGUCUAGUGCUACAGACACACACAUUGUGUCUAGUGCUACAGACACACACAUUGUGUCUAGUCCUACAGACACACACAUUGUGUCUGCAGACACACAAAUAGUGUAGUUCUACAAACACACACAUUGGGUAUAGUUCUACAUUGUGUCUACAGACACACAAAUUGUGUCUAGUUCUACAGACAAACACAUUGGGUCUACAGACACACACAUUGUGUCUACAGACACACAUUGUGUCUAGUUCUACAGACACACACAUUGUGUCUACAGACACACAAAUUGUCUAGUUCUACAAACACACACAUUGGGUAUAGUUCUACAGACACACAUUGUGUCUACAGACACACAAAUUGUGUCUAGUUCUACAGACACACACAUUGUGUCUACAGACACACAUCGUGUCUAGUUCUACAGACACACACAUUGUGUCUAGUUCUACAGACACACACAUAGUGUCUACAGACACACAAAUUGUCUAGUUCUACAAACACACAUUGGGUAUAGUUCUACAGACACCCAUUGUGUCUACAGACACACACAUUGUGUCUAGUUCUACAGAUACACACAUUGGGUCUACAGACACACAAAUUGUGUCUAGUUCUACAGACACACACAUUGUGUCUACAGACACACAAAUUGUGUCUAGUUCUACAGACACACACAUUGUGGACGCAGACACACACAUUGUGUCUACAGACACACACAUUGUGUCUAGUUCUACAGACACACACAUUGUGGACACAGACACACACAUUGUGUCUACAGACACACACAUUGGGUAUAGUUCUACACAAAUUGUGUCUAGUUCUACAGACACACAAAUUGUGUCUAGUUCUACAGACACACAUAUUGUGUCUAGUUCUACAGAAACACAGAUUGUGGACACAGACACACACAUUGUGUCUAGUUCUACAGACACACAUUGUGUCUACAGACACACACAUUGGGUCUAGUUCUACAGACACACACAUUGUGUCUACAGACACACACAUUGGGUAUAGUUCUACAGACACACACUUUGCGUCUACAGAAACACACAUUGUGUCUACAGACACACACAUUGUGUCUAGUUCUACAGACACACACACAGUGUCUACAGACACACACAUUGUGUCUAGUUCUACAGACACACACACAGUGUCUACAGACACACACAUUGGGUAUAGUUCUACAGACACACACAUUGUGUCUACAGACACACACAUUGUGUCUUAUUCUACAGACACACGUUGUGUAUAGUUCUACAGACCACACAUUGUGUCUAGUUCUACAGACACACACAUUGUCUACAGACACACACAUUGUCUACAGACACACACAUUGUGUCUACAGACACACACAUUGUGUAUAGUUGCUUAGAGAUUCUCACUUUCAGGAAGAUUGCGCCUUUUCUUGUUCAUCUUGACUUGUUGUGUGUGUCGGCAGCAGUGAACCAAGCUGCUGUUUGUUCCGCACCACAAAGUCCACAACAAGUUGAUGCUGUCAUCACUCGUCUUUCAUUUCCAUUCUUUUGAGACUCUCAAGUGAGGAACACUCAGCAGACACUUAAGUGUUUUUGUGCGACUUCACAGCUGAGAUCAAAUGGGCAUCAUCCACACUCCAUCUGACUGUCAUUAAGGUGAACAUCUCUUUAGUCUUCAUGCUCGUCACUGCGGCCAUCACUUGGUGCGCGUGUGUGUGCUCGUGUGUGUGUGUGUGUGUGUGUGUGUGUGUGUGUUUGAGACGAGUGCCAAGUUGUGUUAUUUCAGGUCUCUCAUUCACAUGCUUUUUUUUUUCUCCUGUUGGAUCAGCACUUUUGAAGCCCCUCAUGUAUGUUCAGAGGAAUGUUUAGCUGUACAUAGCCAGUUCCUAUUACGAUAAAAGUGCUCCUUGUUCAUUCAGAAUAUUUUCUUUUGUGGAUUUACUUUGUUGUAGAGUUUUAAAUAGAGAAAUAAACUAGAAAAAGAAGCCAUGUUUUUUGUCCAUUAAAGCUGCACUUUGUAGA